GAGCCCCAGCCCCAGCCACAUUAUCGAUUGCGUAUGUGUAUGUCUGCGAAAUAGCCGUGUACACCUAAACACCUAUACACCUGCACACCUACUCCCACACAUCUGCCCACACACACAAACACACACACAGUAACGCACGUCAACGGCAAGAACAGGAACGGCAGCACUUGACGUAUCCAGACAACGCACGGAAUCUGCAGGGAUCAGCAGGAGCAACCGCAAACGCAUCAACCUCAAAACACAGCAGACAGGCACACAGAAAGACAGCAAAGCGCUCUGAACAGAAAUGGCCAGCGGCGGGGAUCCCAAGUGGCAGAAGGAUGCGGCCGACCAGAACUUUGACUACAUGUUCAAGCUGCUCAUCAUCGGCAACUCCAGUGUGGGCAAGACGAGCUUCCUCUUCCGCUAUGCCGACGAUAGCUUCACAUCCGCCUUCGUCUCCACGGUGGGCAUCGACUUCAAGGUGAAGACUGUCUUUCGCCACGACAAGCGGGUGAAGCUUCAGAUUUGGGACACGGCUGGGCAGGAGCGUUACCGCACCAUCACCACAGCCUACUACCGCGGGGCAAUGGGUUUCAUCCUGAUGUAUGAUGUCACCAACGAGGACAGCUUCAACUCGGUCCAGGACUGGGUCACACAAAUCAAAACCUACUCGUGGGACAAUGCCCAGGUGAUUUUGGUCGGUAACAAAUGCGACAUGGAGGAUCAGCGCGUGAUUAGCUUCGAGCGGGGCCGCCAGCUGGCCGAUCAGCUGGGCGUGGAGUUCUUUGAGACGUCCGCCAAGGAGAAUGUGAAUGUGAAGGCUGUCUUCGAGCGUCUGGUGGAUAUUAUAUGCGACAAGAUGUCCGAGAGCCUCGACGCAGAUCCGACGUUAGUGGGCGGGGCACAGAAGGGGCAGCGCUUGACGGACCAGCCGCAGGGCACGCCCAACGCCAACUGCAACUGUUAGAGUGCCACCAGCCCCAGGAGAACGAGAAGCCGAGAAACCGAGCAAACGGAACCGUAAUGACAGCGACAGCAACUGAGACAACAACAUACAGAACAGAAACAGAAAAAACAUGAAACAUGAAACUUAAAACCAAACAUAAAACCUAAAAUCUAGCUAAUUAGUCAGUUCAUUAAUCAAGAGAUGAAGGGGCGCUAAACCGCCAGUUAAACGAUGAAAUGUAUAUGCAGGCGGCAUCCAUGAAUAUCAUGAAAUACGAUGAGUACCAUGAAAUACGAUGAAUACCAUGAAUGAUGCCUGUGUGCACUGUAUUUGUAACCAUAUAUAUGUAUGUAUGUUUGUAUAUCCUUUGCGUUCGAUCGCCUCCGUGUAAAUGUCAAAAUGUUAUUUAAUCAAUGUUUCAAUUGUAAUCGAUAAUUGGUAAUUGGUAAUUUGUAUCUUGUAACGUGUAAUUUAAUCGGCUGCCGCAGCAACGCACUAACUUGUUGAACAUUGACUUGUAUUGAGGAGAGCAGAGUCUAGGGCUAGCAGCACUAAUUAAAUGUGCACACAUUCUGUGCUGAAAAUAAUUAUUUCAUUUGCCAACUAACUUCAACUUUAAAUGCAACUGCAACUGCAACUGCAUUCGCGAUUCUCCAUCUCCAUUAAAGAAGGGGCUGGAAGCCGCCAACAGGCUACAGGGCACUUUCCACUUGUAUAUACAUAUGCUGACUAAACUGUACAGUUUAAAUGCUUGGUCACAACGCACAAAGCUAGCAAAUUGGUGAAAUCGAACAUAGUAACUAAAGCUACCAUUAUGACUAAUCUAUAUACAUACACAUAUGUAUGACACACACACACAACACACACAAAACACACAUAUAGCCCCGAUCCCGUCUUGCCUUGGCUGGAAGGCUGUGGGGGUCGCGACCGAUCGCGAUCGGUCUGUGGAGCAACCUCACACAGAGACAAAUACAGAUAAAGACACAUUCACAGAUACAGAUACACACACAUGCUCGUAUAUAUGUAGAGCUAUUUAUGGGGUCGUUUGCAUGUAAUCGAGUGGUAAGCCAUAAUUAAUAUUAUUAAAUAUGUACCUAUUAUUAUUAUU